AUGGCCGAGGCGAAGACUAUUCGCACGACCGCCAUAGACAAACUCAACGCUAAAGCCAAGGAGGAGGGGAAGGAGCAGUGGGUGAGGAAAUAUGUCGCCGUGUCCAAUGCCGCGAGACAAUCACCAAGUCAUAUCCAGGCUAUUUCCAAGGCGGACGAUGUACAUAAACAUAUUGCUGAGGCUUGCAGCGCGUGA